AUGGUGCGGUUCACCAUUGUUAUGAGGCUUCUAUUAAUAGCGCCGCUCGGAACAGUUCUUGUUUCGGCUUGUUGGUCGGAGACCAUAUGCAACGUCACGAGCAAGAACGAUAUUAUGAAGGAGCCGUACUGUAAAUGGUUACGACUUGAUGUUCCGCCCGAAAUUCCGUUAUAUCCGAAUUUUUACAAUUUUAUUAAGAAGAUCCCAGGUUACGAUUAUGUCUCUGUGAGACACACUAAUCUUGUAAAGCUAACAGAAUUGAAGACAAUUAAGCUUAAGAAUGGGAGUACAGUCAUCAUUAUGGACAACAUGCUCCUCAAGGAACUUCCUGAAUUCGAAUGGAAGGAGAACAGUAUUGUGCGUUUCUACAUUUCAAACAACCCGAAACUAGACACUACUGCGCUUCGUACGAAGAUCGAGGAGCAUCCCAUUGACGAUACCUCGUAUGUGCAGAGACCCUUUGCUUGUGGAAGUAAACGGGAAUCGUCAUGCAAUUGCCGAGUGAUCGAAGACAACUUUGUGAUUGGCCUGGAAAAAAACGAAGAUGUAGACAAAAUUGAGGAAAUUUAUGGCUCUUUAAAGAUAGAGAACACAGAAUUGGAAGAGCUUCCAAAGAUGCCAAAACUGAGAAAAGUGGUGCAACUUGAACGACAUGGUUUUCCAGCAAUUAUUAUCAAAGAUAAUCCGAACUUGAAGAACAUUGAAGCGUUAUUCGAUGUCGAAGAAGUGUCCAAUGUUGAUAUGCAAAAUGUUGUUAUUAUCAAAAAUAAUUCCAAAUUGUGUGUUAAGCCAGAGCACGAGGAUAUCCCUUUUGUUCUUAAAUAUGGGGAUGACAUUGAGAGAUGCGGGUGGAGGACGCGUCAGCCUGAAGAUCGGGGUGCUUACUUAGCGGCGAAGAGGGAGGCUAAGAAGGCAGUCUCCAAGGCGAAGUCGGACCGCUACAAGGCUGUGUACGACAUGCUUGAUACCAGAGAAGGCGAGCGGGCAGUGUAUCGUUUAGUCAGAGCACGUCAUCGCUCAACGUUGGAUAUGGAGCACACCAAGAUCGUUAAGGGAGCUGAUGGAGCCGUUCUGCGCCGCUCUGGUCAGAUCCUGGAGAGGUGGCGAGAGUACUACAAUCACUUGUGUAACGAAGAGUUCUGUCAUCCUCCCAUCCCAACUGUUCCCAGCGUCGAGGGUCCUGUUCUACCAAUUACUGCCGUUGAAGUCAGUGCUGCCCUCGCAAAAAUGAAGUCGAACAAGGCAACCGGUCCUGAUGACAUACCCGUUGAUAUCUGGAAGCUGCUAGGAGAUCGAGGGUCCAUGUGGCUCGCAACUCUAUUUAACAAGAUCGUUGCAGAAGGACGGACUCCAGACGUUUGGCAAACUUCCGUGACCGUGCCUGUCUGGAAAGGGAAAGGAGACAUUGCUGACUGCACCUCGUACAGGCCUAUACGACUGCUCUGCCAUACGAUGAAGAUUUUUGAGCGUGUCCUGGAAGCUCGCCUGAGGAAAAUUGUUAGCGUUUCACUCAACCAGUGCGGUUUUGUGAAGGACUGCAGCACUAUAGAUGCUGUCCAUGCUGUCCGAAUCCUCCUGGAGAAACAUCGAGAGAAGAACCGCAAUGUGCAUCUUGCUUUUCUCGAUCUCGAGAAAGCUUUCGACCGUGUCCCACAUGAGUUGUUAUGGAUGUCCAUGAGGUCGCAUAGAGUACCAGAAGAAUAUGUGCGGUGGACGAAGCUGCUUUAUGCGAAGCCUACCAGCGUUGUACGAUGUGCUGUUGGAACAAGCAGGCCAUUCCCUGUACGAGUAGGGGUUCAUCAGGGUUCAUCCCUCUCACCUCUGCUGUUCAUACUGUGCAUGGACACGAUAACAAAGGAAAUCCAGAAGCAGCAUCCGUGGACUCUACUCUUUGCCGACGAUGUCAUGCUCGCGUCGGAGUCUCGAGAUGAUCUUCAGAAACAAGUGCAGUCUUGGAAGGAUCAGCUGCAGCAAUAUGGAUUGCGCCUCAACACAUCAAAAACUGAGUACAUGGAGUGCGGACCAAGGAUAGAGGAUGGUUCAAUUCGUGUUGAUGGCACCGAAUUAAACAAGGUGAACUGCUUCAAGUACCUUGGAUCCAAAGUGACUUCCACAGGCGACAUUGAUCAAGAAGGUCGAGCACGUGUUAAUGCUGCAUGGAUGAAAUGGAAAAUGGCAACAGGGGUACUGUGCGACAAGAAAGUCCCUGUUCGACUGAAGUCGAAGAUCUACAGGACGGUUGUGCGUCCUGUUGCCCUUUACGGAUGCGAGUGCUGGCCGACAACGAAAGCCUUGGAAAGAGUGCUGCACGCUAUGGAGAUGCCGAUGUUGAGGUGGACGAUAGGUGUAACGCUAAAAGAGAAAGUAUCCAACGACACUGUGCGCCCCAUCUUCGGCGUCGUCCCGAUAACUGAAAAGAUGAAGGAGGCCCGACUGAGAUGA